AACCACAAACCGAAUUUUCUUUCAUUUAGGUGAUCUAUAUAUAUCUAUAUCGUAUAGCUUAUAGCUUAUAUCUAUUUUAAAUAACUUAAAGCCGCUAAAAUUUGGGGGGGAACAGCUUUCGCCCUGGAGCGGUGCGCGAUGCUGUCUCACGCCGACCUCCUGGACGCCAGGCUAGGUAUGAAAGAUGCCGCCGAGCUUCUGGGCCACCGGGAGGCGGUGAAGUGUAGGCUGGGCGUGGGGGGCUCUGACCCCGGGGGCCAUCCGGGGGACCUGGCGCCCAGCUCGGAUCCAGUCGAAGGAGCCACUCUGCUGCCGGGCGAGGACAUCACCACGGUGGGCUCUACUCCUGCUUCGCUGGCGGUGAGCGCCAAAGACCCAGACAAGCAACCGGGGCCCCAGGGCGGCCCCAACCCCAGCCAAGCGGGUCAGCAGCAGGGCCAGCAGAAACAGAAGCGCCACCGGACACGCUUCACCCCGGCUCAGCUCAACGAGCUGGAGAGGAGCUUCGCCAAGACUCACUACCCCGACAUCUUCAUGCGUGAGGAGCUGGCGCUGCGCAUCGGGCUGACCGAGUCGCGAGUGCAGGUCUGGUUCCAGAAUCGGCGCGCCAAGUGGAAGAAGCGCAAGAAGACCACCAACGUGUUCCGCGCGCCCGGCACGCUGCUGCCCACGCCGGGCUUGCCCCAGUUCCCGUCGGCCGCCGCCGCCGCCGCCGCCGCCAUGGGCGACAGCCUGUGCUCUUUCCACGCCAACGACACCCGCUGGGCGGCGGCCGCCAUGCCCGGCGUGUCCCAGCUGCCGCUGCCGCCCGCGCUCGGUCGCCAGCAGGCCAUGGCUCAGUCGCUGUCGCAGUGCAGCCUGGCUGCGGGGCCGCCGCCCAACUCCAUGGGCUUGUCCAACAGCCUGGCGGGCUCCAACGGCGCGGGGCUGCAGUCGCACCUCUACCAGCCCGCCUUCCCCGGCAUGGUGCCCGCCUCCCUCCCCGGCCCCAGCAACGUCUCCGGCUCGCCCCAGCUCUGCAGCUCCCCGGACAGCAGCGACGUGUGGCGGGGCACGAGCAUCGCGUCCCUGCGCCGCAAGGCGCUCGAGCACACAGUCUCCAUGAGCUUCACCUAAUGCCGCUGCGCGCAGCCCGCUCCGCCCGGGCGUCGUCCCCUUCCCCACCCCACAC